AUGGCUGAAUACCAUCACCACAUUGCCGUUCUAGGUGCAGGAACAAUUGGUCUGUCAAUGAUCGCCCUGCACCUCCGACGCCCUGACACCCGCGUUACAAUCUACGACCCACGCCCCGACUUCGAAUCCCAGCUCCGCGCCCAACUUCCGGCCUUUCUCGACCCAUCGUCUGUGCCUGACACCUCUACUGAUGCAAUUGACCAUUUAAUCUCUACCUCCCGGUUUAAAAUAGUCCCAACCCUCCGCGAAGCAGUUCAAACCGCAACAAUCAUCCAAGAGCAAAGCCCCGAACGAACAGACUCCAAGCAAGCUCUCUGGAAAGAAGUCGCGCAACAUGCCGACGCAACCGCACAUCUCUGGAGCAGUUCCUCCGGAAUCGCAGCCUCGGUACAGGCAGAAGGAUGUCCAUCCGGCGUGGCAGAGAGACUAGUCGUCGCGCAUCCAUUCAACCCGCCGCAUCUAAUACCCCUCGUGGAAAUUGUCCCAGGACCACAAACUGCACCCGACAGGGUAGACUUCGUCAAGGGAUAUUUGAAGACUGUCCCGGGUCCAUCCAAGCUACCCGGCUCCUCGCAAGAACACGGCAGCUUCGUGCAGCACUAUCGACCCGUCGUCCUGCAUAAAGAGAUUCCCGGGUUCGUGGGGAAUAGACUUGCGUUUGCGCUCUUACGAGAGGCCUCCUACCUUGUUGGUGAAGGUGUUGUUUCGGUGCGGGAUCUGGAUACUCUCGUCACGGCUAGCCUUGGUCCUCGCUGGGCUGGUAGUGGUGUUUUUGAGAGCUAUCAUGCUGGUGGUGGGGAGGGCGGGAUUGGUGCUUUCUUGCAGAAAUUGGCGCCGACCAUGAAGGAUGUAUGGGGUCAGUUGGGUCAAAUUGAUAUUUCUACAGAGGCGGGAAGGCAGAAUGGUGUUGAGGUUGGUGAGAACGAGAAGUGGAAGGAGGACGUUAUUCGUCAGACGGAGGAGGCGUAUGGACCUUCUACUUCGGAUGAUACGCGGACCAAGAAAGAGGUUAUGCUUCGUGGUGUGAUUGAGAUGCAGAAGCAAUGCUGGGAUGCAUUGGAGUAG